AUGCCUGAUUCUCAAGAGACUUUCAGUCAUGUCACUUCACAACCUUCCUUUGUCACCAAGACGCCUCCCAGCAUUGAUGACAACACCGUAAUCAUUGCGGUCGCGUCUCCAGACCUGAAAACAGGCGUCCAGAGCCGUAAUGGAUGGUUUCUGUCAGACUUUUAUGCCUUCAACUACUUGUUCAAAGGCUUGGGGCAUUCCCAAACUUGGCUGACAGCAGCAGAUCCGGAACGUCUGCUUGAGACGUAUGGAAACUACUUGCAUGGGAACCCGUAUCAAGAACAAAAGGUCGUUCUCAGCUCCUCGCUGCUUCAGAACGGGGAGAUCACACCACCCGUGGUCGUUGAACCUGAAGGCAUGAUUGACCGUUUCUUGAACGAGAUUGAACGCGCUUCGGCGGAAGCUGUACAGCACGACCGUCCGUUGCUUAUCAUGGUCUUCUGUCAUGGGCUCGUUGACCAUAGGUUUCUUCUGGAUGCGUCUGAUGACGAGAGAGGGCUCAAAGCAAAUCGUCUCAAAGAGGCGAUUGCAGAUGGGUGCCGCGCGACCAUCCUGACAUCGGCAUGUUAUGCUGAUGGAUGGAUUGUCAAAGACCUGAAGGGCAACAACCAACAUCCCCUAAGUGCCACGCCAGGGAAACAGUCUGAAUCGUGGAUGCUAUCUCCCAGCGCCAGUAAGCGCGCUUGCGGAUCAAUCUUUGCCAGUUCGGUGAUUGAGACUCUGGCAUCCAAGGGAAGCCCUCUCGUUGCUGCUGAGGAGGAGGAGGAGGAGAAGGGGGAGGAAGCUGGCAGUCGGAAAGAAGUCGAACGGCUUCAGCCCGAUCAGCCCAACGACCUCCAGGUGGAGACGUACAACAGCUUCUGCCAGUCCAUCCUCGAUAUCUGCAAGGGCAAGCUCCAUCGAAUGGCAGAUGAGCAAGGGUUCUGUUUUAGUGCUCAGGAUGAUCAGUGGAACUGGUCCUGGACGAAGCGCACAGGCACUCCGCUGGCACACUUUCAGUCACGUUGGGAUGCACUCGAAACCGUCGAGUUCACUGGAGAUAAGGAAGAAAGGAUACGGAAAUUGUAUAGGGACCCAGACCCCAGCAACAACUGGGCCACUGACGAUGAACUGCGAGCUGCGUUAGCCCGAAUUAGUGGUUCGGGACAGCGCCAUGCUGGCCUUGAGGUGCAAAAGGAAAUGGAGGAUCUCGUUUAUCAACAACGCAUCCCCCCUCUGGCCAAACUUCUCCUCGAGACUUGUCCUGAAGAUUGGAGCAAGGGCUGGGGUAAUGGGGACCGCUGUUAUCUGGAACAACUCGCCACUGGCGUUGUGAUCCCAAGAGAGAAAAGCACUUAUAGCGAUACGGAUCCUCUGGAGUUCAUACGCUAUCGUUUGGAGGCCGCCGCGAUGGCAGACCGCAUAGUCAGCCUUUUCCAACUCCCCGUGCCGUUUGGCGAGUCUUGCAUUAUGUGCGACCUCGACCGCUUCAAUGCAAGGGCGGAGAAAGAGUCGGAGGGUUACCUCAGGCGUUACUCCAGAAUCUGGUCAUGCCUCGCAUAUGAUUUAUUCCCGAUGCCUCGCAUCAUUCAAGGCCCUCCGAUGGCCAGGCCUUUGCGCUAUGUUGUCGCUGCAGUAUCCAUGAUGCCGUUGAGUGACGAAAAAAUAGAAUCUCUCACAAAUGAGAUCCUCGAGUACACUGGUAGGCUCCGCAAAAGUGUGGAAGAAGGCGUCGCCACAAACGAGGAGGUUGCCCGCCAGAGCCGGCGUUGGAUUGCAUCAAUCGGCCGAAAGGUCCGUCGUUAG